AGCGCGGAGCUGGCGCGAUGAGCGCCGUGCCGGGACUGAAGGAGGACUGUGAGGAGCUGCUCGGAGCCUUCCAGCAGGCAGACACCGUCCGCUUCGAGCGCUUCGCCGAGCUGUGGAGGGAGCGCCGCUUCCACACCAUCUUCUAUGGUAGAAUGAGAGCUUUGGAGAGGAAUAAGAUCACAAAGAAGACUCUAGAUGUGGCCCAGCAGUACUUCUUUCCCCCCUACUCCUUCCAGAUCCGAGUUGGUGCUCUGUACCUUCUGUAUGGGCUCUAUAAUGCCCAGCUUUGUCAGCCAAAACAAAAGAUCAGAAUUGCACUCAAGCAUUGGCCUGAAAUCCAGAAAUUCCAGCUGGAUCUGCUUGAUGCCCAGCACUAUGAUGCAGUCUAUAUCUUCAGGAGACUGCGACUUGCCAGAGCCUUCCAUUUCACAGCAAUGCCAAAGCUACUGACCUACAGAACUAAGAAGAAGAUUGAGAAAAAUUAUUUUAAAGAAGAAUUUAAGGACCCAAGCAAUAGAGUAAACAGCCUCAUCACUAAUGAUGUAUUGGAGGAACUGAUGAAUAUUCACGACCACUACCAGAAAAUGAAGUGUGUCAUUUCAGCUGACAAAUCCCAGCCAGACAAGGCCCUGAGCUUGAUAAAAGAUGACUUUGUGGUUAAUCUCAAAGACAUAACCUUGGAACAUCAGGAAUGGCAGCAGAACAGAAUGAAAUUACUCCGAAAUGCUAAAGUAGUUCCUGAAGCAGAAGACAAAAAGAAAGAGGAGACUUUGCUAAAAUCAGAGGGUUCUGAAAGAGCAAAUGCCCUGGCAAGAAUCAAAUACAAGUCUUAUUCUGCAGUUGUUGAGGUUUCCAGAUCCAGGAGACAUCGGCAAGUGCAGUUGGAAUCCUCUGAAUCAGGGCCCAGUUGUGGGAAGUCUCCAGGUCGAAGUAAAAAAGCCAGCAGGACACCACAGCCAGCAAGGAGAAGUUCUUCAGAAGUUAGAGGUGAAAUGCAAGUGGCAGAGGAAACUGUAACUCGGCAUAUCGGGAUGCCAGUAAUCAUAGAAGAGGACUCAGAGGAAGGAGAAGUAUCUCUCCCCAAGAGGAGAAAACGACGUUAGAGGAUCCAGCUGGAGAAGCACUAAUGUUAAUUUUAAUGACAAAAUGAAAAUGUCAGAGGUAAUACCAAGUGCUUGUUGUGGAUACCUUUGAACAUAAAAGAAGUGUCUGGGACCAGAAGCACAGAUGAUGCUGGAAGGGAUGCUGGUAGUGACUGGGAUACUUCAGCUGUCUUGUGGAGCCUUUAUUCACCUGGUGAACGCUUUUUGUGGGAGACUGAAGUUGCUGUGUCCUGACUGAGCUGGAAAGAGAAGGCUCAGAGAAUAUUUACCCAUGUAAGACAUGUCUAUAAUCCUUUAUCUCUGAACAUAAGGGUUAUUGACUGUUGAAAAUUAGUGCAAUAAAUUAUUUUUCACGCUUGA